CAACAUAUCACCAACAGUUUGAAAAGGCUAACAACAAACAUCUCAAAACCCCAAACAAAACAUGGCAACCAUCUCUCCAUUCCAUCUCUACUCCACUCCGUCACCAGUAACCGUUUCGCCGGAAUCUCAAUCCUCCGACCGAAUAUUCCGGCAUGAACACCGUCUCCGUCUUCGAACCUCCACUUUCCGCCACAAAACCCUACGCAUUCACAGCAGCAGUUCUUCAAACGGACAACCAGAAAAUGAGGAAUCGAAUUCGAGCGCGCGAAGGUUUCUGAACGAGGACGGUGUAGUGGAGGAUAUGGACGGUUAUCUCAACUAUCUUUCGCUCGAAUAUGAUUCCGUUUGGGACACGAAACCUUCGUGGUGUCAACCAUGGACGAUAACGUUGACCGGAGCAUCAGUCAUUGCUGGCAGCUGGCUAAUAUUGCACAAUAUUAUAGCCACUUCAGUAGCUUCUGUUUUAAUUGGCACAUGGUGGUACAUCUUUCUCUAUUCUUACCCGAAGGCUUAUACGGAUAUGAUUGCUGAGCGGAGAAAGAAAGUUACCAGCGGUGUUGAAGACACAUUUGGCUUAAGAAACAACUCUUAAUCUUUGGCUGGGAACGCUCAUCACACAGCUGGCAGGAGGGUGAUUUUCUUUGUAUGUAAAUUGUAAACUAUUAUAAGAUCAUAUUCAAUUGCAUUAGCUUUAAAUUUGCCUAUA